GACGAUUUCAUUGUGCAAGUGCGACCGAGAGCUAAAGUUCGGUGUCGGUAUCUGCUACUACGAUUGUGACUGCCUGUGCCUGUGCCACUGCCACCGGUUGUCCCUGCCCUUUCAGCUCCACCGCCUAAACCUUCCCCCAGAGCUUCCUACCAAUUGGCAAUCGCUGCCACCUCCAAGUGCUUGGUUGAUUGCAUGCUUGGUUUGGGACGUCCUCGAUUGAAACACCAUUCCUCCUCCAUUCUUGAAUUCAUCACUGGCAAGUCCAUCGACCAGAUCUCUGACCUCAAAUACCUCCAGCUUCAGUUGGGCCUUCCGGAUCUUCUUGAAGACGAUCUCGACGACGACUUAGCUGGCCCAAGCAGCUUCAACUCCUCCUCUGUAUUUGCUUUUCCGCAACCUCUCCUUGCUCUCCCCACUACCUCGACAGUCUACCGCAAGAUGCCUGCCGCAAAACCCUCCAACAAGGCAGGCGACGAUGAACAGACCGGAUCCAUCUUCUCCGUCUCUGGUCCCGUCAUUGUCGCCGAGCACAUGAUUGGUGUGGCCAUGUACGAGCUCUGCAAAGUCGGCUAUGAUGAGCUUGUCGGAGAGGUUAUUCGUAUCGAGGGCGAUAAAGCUACCAUCCAGGUCUACGAAGAGACUGCUGGUGUCACUGUCGGCGACCCUGUCCUGCGCACCGGCAAACCCUUAUCAGUCGAACUUGGCCCUGGCCUGAUGGAAACCAUCUACGAUGGUAUCCAACGGCCUCUUAAGACCAUCGCCACCGACACCUCCAGCAUUUACAUCCCUCGCGGUAUUGCCGUCCCCUCCCUCGAUCGGAAGAAGAAGUGGCCUUUCACCCCAACAGCAAAAGUUGGCGACAAUAUCAGUGGUGGUGACGUCUGGGGUACCGUCGUCGAAAACUCUCUUCUCAAUGAGCAUCGCAUCCUGUUGCCCCCCAGAGCUCGAGGCACAAUUAAGAAGAUCGCCCCCAAAGGCGACUACACCGUCGACCAACCUCUCCUCACUCUUGAGUUCAACGGCGAGACCAAAGAAUAUCCCAUGAUGCACUCCUGGCCUGUUCGUGUCCCUCGACCUGUCAGUGAACGCCUUCAAGCCGACUCGCCUUUCAUCGUCGGUCAGCGUGUCUUGGAUGCCCUCUUCCCUUCAGUCCAAGGUGGUACUGUUUGUAUCCCAGGAGCUUUCGGCUGCGGCAAGACUGUCAUCUCCCAGUCGGUCUCCAAGUUUUCAAACAGUGACAUCAUUGUUUACGUUGGAUGUGGUGAGCGUGGUAACGAAAUGGCCGAAGUCUUGAUGGAUUUCCCUGAACUCUCCAUUACCAUCGAUGGUCGUAAAGAGCCCAUCAUGAAGCGAACUUGCCUCAUUGCCAAUACCUCAAACAUGCCUGUCGCCGCCCGAGAAGCCUCAAUCUACACCGGAAUCACAGUGGGGGAAUACUUCCGUGAUCAAGGAAAGGCCGUUGCCAUGAUGGCUGAUUCAUCAUCGCGCUGGGCUGAAGCACUGCGAGAAAUUUCGGGCCGUUUGGGAGAAAUGCCUGCGGAUCAAGGUUUCCCCGCCUACCUGGGAGCAAAAUUGGCAUCUUUCUACGAACGAGCAGGCGCUGCCGUGGCCCUAGGAUCGCCGGAACGCAAUGGUAGCAUUUCGAUCGUCGGAGCCGUGUCGCCACCAGGUGGUGAUUUCUCCGACCCCGUCACCUCUGCCACUUUGGGCAUUGUCCAAGUCUUUUGGGGCUUGGACAAGAAGUUGGCCCAGCGAAAGCAUUUCCCUAGCGUCAAUACUUCCAUGUCGUACAGCAAGUAUACCAACAUCCUCGACAAAUUCUACGCCAAGGACCAUCCCGAGUUUCCCAAACUUCGAAACCGCAUCAAGGAAUUGUUGACCAACUCGGAGGAUCUCGACCAAGUUGUUCAAUUGGUCGGUAAAUCUGCCCUAGGCGAUUCGGACAAGAUUAUCCUUGAUGUGGCUGCCAUGUUAAAGGACGACUUCUUGCAACAAAAUGGGUACAGUGACUAUGAUCAGUUCUGCCCCCUGUGGAAGACCGAAUACAUGAUGAAAGGCUUCAUGACUUUCCACGACGAGGCUCAGAAGGCAGUCUCAAGUGGACUCUCAUGGGCCAAGAUUAGAGAGUCGACUGCAGACAUUCAACAUGCCCUCAGAAGCAUGAAGUUUGAGCUGCCCGACAACCAGGAAGAAGUCACCAAGAAAUAUGACAAGUUGUUGCAGAACCUCUCGGAGAAGUUUGCAAGUGUUUCGGAUGAAUAGAGGAAAGUCUGAUAUCUGGCUGGCCGGGGAAAGGGAAAAUGGAGGAGGAGCUCCAUCAGCAGCCUCCGUAUACAUACAAGUGCGUGCUAGAGGCUCAGAGACGAUUGUGUCAUCAUUCACCGAUAUAGAAAUAGUGUGGCCAGAUUGGUUCUGUACUGGCGUAUAAUCAAUGGAGUACUUGUACACGUCGACUCAUCAUCGUAUUUGUUUUGAUGGUGAUCCAAGGGGACAGAAUCAGGUGACCGUAGGCGAGUGAGGCGC